AUGAUCCAAAGCCCUCAGCUGGAGACACAGCACGAGUACGGUGGGUCGGGAUCGAGUCAGCUCAGCCAUGGAGACAGAGAUUCCCCCCAGGAUCCUGAGCCCGAGGGACACUUCCAGUUCUGUGUCAUCACGCUGGGAGAUGCAGCCGUGGGCAAGUCCUCCCUGCUGCGCUGCUUCACUCAUGGGCCGACUGGGGGUCCUGGUGGGGCAGCCAUGCCAGGCCCUGCCGUCGGCGUUGAGUUCUACAGCCGGACUAUCCCGAUGCCACCCACCGGCAAGGCCAAGCUGCAGCUCUGGGACACGGCUGGCCAGGAGCAGUUCAGAUCCAUCACCAAGUCCUUCUACCGGAGCGCGGCGGGGGUGCUGCUGGUGUUUGACCUCACCAACCGAGCAUCUUUUGAACACGUUCCUGAGUGGUAUCACGAGGCUGCGGGGGACGAGCUGCCUGCCUUCGUCCUGGUGGGACACAAGUGUGACCUGGUGGAUGAGCGAGCUGUGUCAGCAGAGGAAGCUGUACACCUCGCCGCCACUCUGGGCAUGGCCUUCGUGGAGACCUCGGCCCACAGCAACCUCAACGUGGAGUUGGCCUUCCAGACACUGGCUGGAGGUAUCCAGCAGGCACUGGGCCAGGGGAUCCUUGCCCCACACCAGGGAUGUGAUGGCAUCAGGCUCAUCCCCAGCCAGAGUCACCGCCAGCCCCUGGCAGGGAGGAAGCCCCACAAGCGCAGCCAGUGCUAA